UUUCGAAUGGCGCUGAAAACGACGACGGUCGCCGUCAAGUCCAAUGCUGUCGCCGCAGCCGCGCCUCGACUACCUAUAUAUUAUCCGUGCGGCGGACAAUCGUGACGUCGCGCAAACGUCGGUCCGAGAUCACCUUCGGAAACCCGGUCUAACCGGAUAGAUUUUAUUUUUAUUCGCGCAUAACAAUAUAAGGUAUAGGUAGGUAAACGAUAUACAUUUUUUGUUUGUUAUUGAAUUUUGGCGGCGGGACAAACAGCGACCAAGGACUACCGCUAUCCGGCGGCUAUCGCACACGAUCGCGAGUGCAGCGACGACGGUGCAACAGGUUUCCUGCAGUACGCCGGUACAGUUUUCAACAGUGGACUCGAACGCGACGAUAGUGUAAAACUGCCACUAAGUAGCUCCACCGUCGCCGUGUAUAUCGUCUCCGGUGUCUCGAGACAGCCGCUAUCGAUUUUCCCGCCCCACUAUCGGGAAAGCCGCUGUCGUAAUUUCGUUUCCCGCACAUCUCUAUCCGAGGAUGUCCGAGCUUUUCGGAAGCGCGGCCGACGCAACAGUUGUUCAUAAUAUUUUAAUAUAAUAAUGAUCGCGACGAACUAGUCUGCAUCGUUGUAACGCAGCAGCAGCACCGUCAUGAACCGAAUGGGCAAAGACCGGAAGUCGGCGAAAUCCCUUUCGCUGGAAGAGAAAAAAUACCUGUUGGCGGUACAGCGAGGAGAUGUGGCCAACGUGCAGAGGAUGAUCCAACGAGCCUUUCGAUCGGGGCACAUAGACAUCAACUGCGUCGACUCUUUUGGUCGCGGUGCCAUCAAUCUAGCGAUCGAAGCCGAAAAUUUGGAAAUGCUUGAAAUGCUGGUUGUAAUGGGCGUGGGACCCAAGGACAACCUGUUGCACGCCAUUAAUGCUGAGUUCGUCGAGGCUGUAGAGCUCCUUCUCCAAUACGAGGAGCUGGUGCACACGGAAGGCGAACCAUACAGUUGGGAAAAAGUCGAUUGGGACACCGCUUAUUUCACUCCUGACAUCACGCCGCUCAUUUUGGCCGCACACAAGAAUAACUAUGAGAUCAUCAAAAUGUUGCUUGACCGAGGAGCAACACUUCCGAUGCCACAUACAAUCAAGUGUGGGUGCGAGAAGUGUAUUACAUCUUCAAAAACGGAUUCGUUGCGAUACUCGAUGUGUCGAGUGAACGAAUACAGAGCACUGGCCAGUCCGUCGCUGAUCGCACUUUCGUCAGCUGAUCCAAUACUCACCGCGUUCCAGCUGUCAUGGGAGCUGAGAAGAUUAGCCAGAAUCGAAAAAGAAUUCAAAAACGAAUACUUGGAACUCCGACAACAAUGCGAACAAUUUGCUGUUGACCUGCUUCGGCAGACGCGAAGCUCUUAUGAACUAGAUGUGAUUUUAAAGCAUGACUCAGAAAAUGCGCCUAGCAUAGGUUCCAUGAAACUAAGACUCGUCGAACUUGCCAUCAAAUAUAAACAAAAAAACUUUGUGGCACAUCCGUAUAUACAACAACUUUUGGCAACCGUCUGGUACGAGGGUCUUCCUGGAUUUCGUCGUUUACGACUUUACAAGCAAAUAAUUGAAAUCAUCAAAAUCGUCUACUUUUUUCCGUUCUACUGUCUCGUGUACUUGUACGCACCCGGCGCUCAGAUUGGAAAAGUAAUGGAAAAACCGUUUAUGAAAUUUUUAAUUCAUUCAUCUUCCUAUCUUUCAUAUUUAGGUCUAUUGGUACUGGUGUCGCAGAGGGCCGAGACGCAAUUUAUAGAGCUCUUCGGGUCCGAGUCUAUGAACAAAAGUCUACAAUUGCGACAACUCCGUCAACGUGGCAACGGGCCGUCGUACAUAGAAAUGUUGAUCUUGCAUUUUGUCAUCGGAUACAUCUGGCAGGAGAUACUGGACGUGCGCAGGGACGGCCUGAAGAGAUACCUGGCGCACAACGCGUGGAAUUACGUGGAAUUCGCCAGGAACAAGAUGUACGUGACGGUGAUCGCGCUGCGAGUUUACGCUUACGUGACGGAAAACUCGCAAAUACUGUCCGACCCAUCUUCGGCGUUUAUUCCCAGGGAGAAAUGGGAAACUUUCGACCCACAACUCCUGGCCGAUGCCCUGUUUGCCGCCUCCAACAUACUGAGUGCUUUAAAGCUGAUCCACAUGUGUUCAAUAAGUUCACAUUUGGGACCGUUACAACUGUCGUUGAAACGCAUUCUGAUCGAUAUACUCAAAUUCUUCAGUAUUUACAGUUUGGUGUUAUUUUCAUUCGCAUGCGGACUCAAUCAGUUAAUGUGGUAUUUUGCCGAACUGGAACGGAAAAAAUGUUACAGUUUAAUAGAAGCCGGAUCGGGCGAGUCGUGCUCGAAAUGGAAGAAUUUCGGAAAUGUGUUCGAAUCCAUACAUACUCUGUUUUGGACGGGUUUUGGCGAGGUUGAUCUCGAAACCUUUGAUCUACCUGGAAUGAAACCUUACACGAGAUUCUGGGCACUUUUUAUGUUCGCCACUUAUUCGGUGAUUAACGUCACGAUUAUGUUGAACCUGCUCAUCGCUAUGAUGUCCAAUUCCUAUUCUGUCAUUGAGGGUCAAUCGGACGUGGAAUGGAAAUUUUCCAGAUCGAAAUUGUGGCUGAGUUGUUUCGAAGAAACGCCGACACUUCCCUCGCCUUACAACGUGUAUCCAACGCUGAAACACUUUAAAAAGCUUUAUUGCUUCAUAUGGAAGAUUAAGAAAACUGUUUCGUGGCCUCGGGAUGACAAAAAUACUAAUUUCAUAAAUAGAAAUCAAAGGGAGAGUGAGUUUGCCACUGUAAUGCGAGCCCUCAUCUGGCGAUAUAUUUCUAUGAAGCACCGAGAAAUGGAAAACGUGGGUGUAACUGAAGAAGAUGUAAAUGAAAUAAAGUCCGAGCUCAGCACAAUGAAAUACGACUUUUUGGAAGUACUCCGGAAAAAUGGUAUGGAAGUGCCCAGCGAUCAUCGUAAAAAGACCAUGGACAAAAAAUCCAAAAUCUGGGAACGGCGGUUGAUGUCGGACUUUUACGUGGCACCAGUGUUUCCAGGUGGAAGCAGUAGCAACAGCAGCAUCGAUGAUAUUGUUUCACUUGAACAUCAAUUGCGGCCGAUCGAUCGUUUCCGUAAGGCUGUCCAGAUGGUGGCUGCCAACUCAGCGUCCGGCAGAUGGCGGACUACCAUAUGUGGCGUGUAUCAAAACUCGCCCAUCGGUACCACUGCCGGGCUCGGGUCGGUCGUCAACAAGCAGAACCUGAAGUGGGCCAUGAACGAGGUGUGGGCUCUGCGUGAAAAGCGGUCAUCGACAAGUUCACCGCCGCCGCCUGCGAAUGUGCAACAGGCUGCGAUUACGACGUCUCCGUCGUCGGCGUCGUACCCGUUUGAACUACCGGAGCGCCGGAGCACUCUGCGCGCGCUCAUCGACGAGUUCCGCCGCGGUGAGCAUCAACUCCACCGCGGGCCCGGCGGAGACGCUUCGUCAUGGGCGGCCGCGGCGCCGGUCCGCGGGCAACUGCUGAAGGCGCCCCAGCCGCCACACCACCGACCAGUGCAGCAGCCCGCCAUGAAGAAAUCCGCGUCUGUCUGGUACGCCGCACCCCCCGCCCCCGACAGACCGCUAGUCACCCGGAUGAGCAUGCCCAACCUGCGAUCUGGAUCCACCUUCGACCGUCGCCAGAACCCGCAGCAACUACCUGGGCCCAUUCUCGAGUGACACCACGAUUUAAGAUAGUACUAACUUAAAUCGUGAGUGACACUGACACGCAUACCAACUGAUGCAGUGUUGUCCGCCGAUUUUUCCCCCCCUUUAACCAAAAUCGACAUGACCUGGUACGGCAACUUUGCUCCGCGCUUUACUGUUGAAUGGGGGGGGGGGGGGGGAGGUGGCUUGUUACCUUUUACCGCCGUUUUAUAUAUUUCGAAUGAAUACAUAUACAUAGUUUAAUAAUAAAUAGACAUAAUACGAUUUCUAAACUUGUUAAAAUAAAAUAAUGUAAAUACACUGUA